AUGCAGAGUUUGUAAAAUGAUCUUAAAUAUAUACGUGAAGCUCUGACUAUCUUAAUUGAUAAGCUUUUACCAUAUAUUGAACAGAAGCAUAUACAAUAAUUUUGCAGGGUAUUAAGAAAUAAAGUAGCUGAUGAAAAGGUUACUCCCUUUUCAAUAUAUAUGGAAACUUAAAAAAGUUUUGAAGGAAGUCAAGUGAAACCUAUAAAAUUGAAUAGUACAUAAGAAGAAAAAUUUACUCAAUCUGUUCUCAGUAAACUAAAGUAAGCUUAAACUGAGUUCAAAAAUAAUACUCAAUAAUUUGCAUCAAUUUACAAUUCAGUGAAAGAAAAUGUCGAAUCAGUUUAUGUUUCAAGCUAGGAAUUAUAAAUAAUGAUGAAUGAAAAAUAAGUGUAAAACAAAUAAGAAUCAAGACAAGAUAAAAUAAGAAGAAUAUCAAUUUAUAGCAAAUAGAACAAAUAAAAUUUAGAUAAGGAUAUUUUAGAGGAAAAAUAAAAAGAACAUAAAAUAGAUAUUAAAUCAGAUUAAAAGUAGGAAAUUAAAUCUGAUAACAAAAUGGGUGAAAAAAAUGAUUAAAAAUUAGAAAAUAAAUUAGAAAAUAGAUACGAUGUGAGAUCAGAUUCAAAAUAUUCAUUUGAAGGUUCAAAGAAAGAUUUAUUUACAACUUAAGAACAAGAAGUACCAAACUAAAGAAUAAACCAAUAAAAUUAAUCAUAACAGUAAAUAAAAGUUGAGAAAUUCUAAACUUAAUAAUCUCCAUUAAAUUAUUAAUAAGCAAAAUCAUAAAAUAUAUCUCCUUAACCAUCAUAUAAUUAUAUUCAAACCUCCCAUAAUUCAUAUAAUUAAGUUCCUUCAUAAAAAAAUGCUUAAACUACAAACUUCACUUAUGUUUAAUAAUAAGCUUAAUCAUCAGGUUAAAUUAUAUACACACAAAAUGAUUAAAAAUAAAAUUCUGCAAUUGGAUCCUAUGUUCCAAAUUAUGAUUUAUUAGCAAGAGUUGAUUAAUUACUCUAAAAGGCUAAAAACAAUACUUAAACAUCAAACAAUACUCCUUGCAUUACAAAUAGAAUUUGA